AUGCCUGGCGCUCCAGAGGUGGAAGAGGGGCGCAUUACUGUGUGCGUGCGUGCCCGCCCCCUCAAUGAGCGAGAGAAGCGCUUAAAAUCCCCACAGUGUCUGCUCUUCAAUCAGGGAAAGACGGUGAGCAUCUACAAGAAGAGCCUUCCUUCUGAUGCUGGUGAGGUGAAGGACGAGACAGGUAAUAGCGUGAAAGUAUUCACGUUCGACCGCGCGUACGACAGCGAUGUAGGUCAAUCCGUUCUGUACGAUGACUUGGGCGUGCCGGUCCUGAAAGCAAGCUUCUGCGGGUUCAAUACGUGCAUCUUCGCGUAUGGCCAAACCGGCAGCGGGAAGAGUUACUCCAUGAUGGGCCCGUCGGGCGGCCGUGACGUGUUUGUCGACCCCGGCAUUAUCCCUCGUCUCUCCAAAGGGCUCUUUGCGAUCGUGAAGGAGAGGCUCGCGGCGAAGGAGCAGGAGCUGGAGGCGGCGCUUGCUGCCGGCGAGGAAAACAGCCAGACGAUGCCGGCCAAACUGAAGAUCAAUGUUGUGGUGAGUUACCUGGAGAUAUAUCAGGAGCGCGUCUACUGUCUGCUGAACUCCAAGUGCGAGAACCUCAAGGUGCGUGAACACCCGGUGCUUGGUGUAUACGUGGAGGGUCUUACAGAGCUGCAGACAGAUUCCGAAGAUGGUAUCAUGCGGCUCAUGAAUGGUGGCAACCAGAGCCGUCACACAGCAGCAACAAAGAUGAAUGAUCGGUCCAGCAGAUCACAUGCCAUCUUUGCCAUCUCGCUUGUCCAGACGAUAAUAAGCGAGACCACGAAGGGUGAGAAAGUGUCCACGGAACUGCGUUCGAAGAUUAACCUCGUCGAUCUAGCUGGUAGCGAGCGGGCGAAGUCGACUGGAGCUGAGGGGGACACGCUUCGCGAAGGUGCCAAUAUCAAUAGGUCGCUUACUGUCCUUGGACUCGUAAUCAGCGCCCUGGCGGAUAUGGGCAAACAUAAAACUGAUGCGGCAGCUGCAAAGCACGUGCCGUACCGUGACUCAACUCUGACAUUCCUGCUCAAGGAGUCGCUUGGUGGGAACAGCAAGACCUUUAUGCUCUCCACACUCAGUCCAGCAGCGGCGAACUAUGAGGAGACGCUGAGUACGCUUCGUUAUGCCGAUCGCGUCAAGGCGAUUGUUACGCGAGCUGUCGUCAAUGAAACGGCGGGCGACAAGAAAAUACGCGAAUUACAAGAAGAAGUCACACGAUUAAAAGAGAAGAUGCGGCACUACGAGGAGCUUGUCGGACGUGGAGGGAUUAGAAUUAAUGUUCUGAAAACGGACCACUCCAUGCUGAAUUCCACCGCCAACGACACGGAUUCGGGGACGGUCAUCGAAGAAGAUGUUGAUUACAUCACCGCCCAGACACCGCGCCAGCCAAGAGAUGCGGCUGUGCUGGAGGCGGAGCUUCACCGGGCGGAACAGUUCAUCCAGAAGAUGACCGGAGGAGAGGUUGGUGGCGUGGAGUCACUGAGGAUACGUGAUCUGUACCGCACCAUGCCGAGCGUGAAGGUCAACCGGAGCGAGCCAUUCCUGCUGAAUGUGGACGGUGCCGGGGAUUGGGUGGUUGAAUACCUCGUUGCGGGUGUGACGUACUUGGGCACUGAAGCAGGAGAGAACAGUAAAAAUGAUCGUUACAUCGUUGUGAGUGGAGCAAACACCACGGGUAUUGCCCCACGGCAUUGCUGCUUUGUGCGGCAGGAGGGCGGGUGUGUGUUGCUGCGCCCGCUGGGUGGCAACGCGACGUACAUCAACGACGAGGUGGCGCCAGUGACCAAGGACACAGUGCUGACGAGCGGCACGGUGGUGUGCAUGGGGACUGAAUACCUGGAGUUCAAAUUCACCGACCCCUCCGCACCGCAGCCGACAGGGCGCCGGCGCGCUGUUCGUGCCCAGGAGGGCGGCGCGGUGACAUCGCCGAACCUCAACACUAACGAAUUGGCGGUUUCCAGCAGUGGGGACAAUUCAAGGACAUCCCCGAUGUGUGGCAGCAGCACGGGAAUUGUUGUUGGUAACAGCAGCUCUGGCUGUGGUAGCGGUGCCUAUCCCGACAUCCCUGCGCUGCGACUGAAGGAAGCUCUGCAGCGGCGGACGCAGAGUAGCAUUCGUGGGUCGACACUGCACGGUGACCCGAUGUCACCAACUGGGAGGUCGUUGCUGUACACCAACCGCGGCAACAACGUCGUCGGCGUCACGCCAAGGACCACGCUGGCGACGGGUCGAGUGGUAUUUGCGCCCAACGACGAACUGACAACCGUGUAUCGCCACACAUUUCUCUUCAUAGGCGAUAGCAAUAGUGGGAAGAGUGCUUUGCGUGAAAAUAUACAAAAACCAGAUAAGUGGUACUCCAUCUUUGCCAAUGACAAGCUGCAUGCGCAUCCAACCUUUGGUUUGGAGUCGUCGUUGAUUGAAGCCCCGACGGGGCACCACCCAGUGCAAAUAAAUCUCAUGGAGUUGAGCGGAAAGAAUUGUUUCUCUCUACUUGAGGAACUGUUGCCGACCCGUCGCGUGACGUACGUUCUGUGCUUCUCAUUGUGUGAUUUCCCUUCGUUGGAAAUGCUGAAACCUCACCUUGAACUUAUUCUCUGCAAUACCGCUAGUCGAGACGCGGCGGUGCUUCUCAUUGGCACCCACCUCGAUGAGUCAUUGCUCCCCCGGGGAGGGUUGGCACGGGUUUUCGCUGGUAUCGAGGCAGAAGUGAACAAUUACUUACGCCUUCUGCAGGUACACCCGGAGAUGCGCCCAUCUAUAUUGGGCCACUUUGCGGUGGAUAAUGUUAACCGUGUCGUAUUUUCCCCUUCAGUUGCAAAAAUGAGAAAGUUCCCUGAGUUGCUCACUUGGUUUGCGGAGCAGGCGAUAAUACGGUGUCGUAACGACCCGGAGUUUCCGAACGCACAGGUCCCCGUGCGGACGGUGGCGUUAGCAAAGAAGAUCCGCCAUCUCUACCGCGAGGGUAAGUGGUGUCUUUCGUCUUCAGAGUACAAGACGAUCGCAAAGGCCGUGAAUGAGCGAUAUGGCAUGAGUCUAGAGGAUCUGCAUCAGCAUACGCAGCUGCUGGCGAGCUGGGGAGUCUUGCACCACCAUUACAAGCAUCACACCAUGAAGAAGCACAUUGUCGUGGAUGUCCCAUGGGUGUUCCGCACAAUUGCCGUUCUGGCCUGCUGCACACCGAUGCAAGCCGCCCAAACAUACAAUCAAUCUAUGCAGUGGUCAUUGCCCCUCGUAUCGCGCCCCUACGUGGUCAACAGUAUGUCUAACGUCCUCCCUUUCGACGCGGAUGCGGUACAGGCUGCCGACGUUUUCGGUCUACUCGGUCAGGGAGUUCUGACGAUGAAGACGGCGCGGGUUCUCUUUAGCGGUGUGCUGGCGGAGAAGAACUUCGGCCCUGGAAAACUGAGCGGUCUGCUGGAGCUAUUGCGUAGUUACGAUUUUAUCGUACAAGGCAGUUCUCUCCAGUUCUCUGUGUUGGGGAACCUCCGCAGAGAUGUAGUACGAGUGUGGUAUGAAAACAGUGAAGAGGACAACGCCGUCGGCAACAAAAGAAAUACUGAUGAUACACGUGAGGUGCAGAAAGCACCAGUGGUGGAGCCGCAACCAGCCGGCGAUGCUACAUCACCUAGAAGGGAGUCCGAGUUGUUUGUGCUGGUCCCCGCCUGUUUCAGGAAUCAGGCGCCGUCCGCCUUAUGCGUACACCUGCCCACCUUUCUCUUCGGUCCCUUCUACCGCUUCGUACUCAACGCGGUGCCGCACAACUUUUUCUCUCGUGUUGUGUGCCGCAUUGCACAUUACGCGGAGAAAGUGUACCUCGGCCCCGUCACUGCGCGCUGCGUACCUGUGGAGGAUCUUGACGGCGAGGGCGAGCACGGCGGCAGGACUGGCAGGAGUGCGCGUGGAAGGGUGAGCUGUAUCGCGCAGGUCGUGGACAAGAGCGAGUUCUGGGGGUGCACCGCGUGGGUGACGGGCUCCGCUAGCAGCCGUGCGCUGCUGCGCAUGGUGCAGCAUUCGCUCCUGAUCACAUUUCACGACUUCAACGAUGAUGAAGACUUCUACGACGGUCUCCGCCGCGUGGUGCGCAAUGUCAUCUCGGAGAGCCCAGGUGUGGUAUGUGAGGAGAGCAUUCUCUGCACGCACGGUAUCCUCGACGAGGUUGAGAAGGCGGGCGAGGUGCACGGCGACAAGACAUACUGGCACUGCGUGGACCAGAACCUCAACUCACUCGAUAAGAUACGUCAGCGCGAGGAGUUUGCGCUCAUGACGGCGCGUGUCAACACCGCGCGGCAUCUGUCCCGCGACGCCGGCAAAGAUGAUGAUGAUGAUGAUGAUGGUAACGAUGAUGCCAAAAACGGGAACGAGGAGGAGAGCGAUAUGGUGGUCCCUUUUGUGCGAAAUCGCACGGAGUGCAUAGACGAAGCGGCGUCGAUGCGGCGUAUCUGCGAUUACUCGCUGCUGACUGAUCCGGUACUGCAUGGAGUGACGGCGGCGCUGCGCUCAAUGAACGACGCACGCCGGCGUGGCAAUAUUGUGGAGCAGUGCAAAUUGAUGGACUGCCUCGUGGAUGCUCUUGCACAGGCAUAG